GCGCGCGGCUGGAAGCCCGUCCGCCGCUGCCGUCCCACCGCCCCAGUCUCCCCCCGGGUCCUAAAGAGCGACGCGAGGCGCCCGAACCUCCUUCCCUGGGAGCCGCCGGGCCGGGUGCCGCUUUCCGGGCGAUGCUCUGCAAGCUGAGCGCUCGCUUCGACCCUUCCCGGGACGUGGGACCUUGGCUGGCGGAGCGGGCGGCGGCGGCGGCGGCUGAGCGAGAGGGCAACGCAGAAAUUGGCUUUCCUUUACAGUUGGACUGACUGAGUUUAGAAAUGCAUUCACGCUUGCCUUUUUUAGAUGCUUGGGGAAAUCAUUCGGAAACGCCGCAUAUAAUAAAUGUGGAAAGAAAUGGAAAUGUUCUUUAUACUUGGAAGGGACCUCAGGAGUACACCAAUGUUGGUUUGUAUGACGAUGAUAAUAAAAAAAAUCAGCACCUGUAUACUUUCGAAAAAGACCUGCGUGUGAUCAGCUGCUCCAUCAAUCAUGACAAGACCUUGUUAGCCAUCAGUUUUCUUCAGACAUCACAGGAAGAGAAAAAGUUCCUUUUUCAAACAGUUCCUAAAUGUCUGACCUUACUAAUUGAAAUUCACCCGAUUAAUAAUGUGAAAGUUUUAAAGGCUGUGGAUAGCUGUAUCAGAGUACAAUUCCUAUAUCCGAUUACCGAUAAAAAGUCAUUGUCAGAUAGCUGCCUCUUACUCAUUUCAGAAGAUAAAUAUGCUGAAAAAUUGGACAUCAGAACUGUCAGAGAAGGAGACAGUGUGACGAUUGAAAAUUCGAGCCGGCUUUCAAAAGAGAGAAUUGCCGAUGAUCUCAUGUGGUCCCAGUGGGAUAUGCUGGAACAAAGACUAUUCUACAUUGUCACAAAGGAAGAAGAAAGGGACAUAUUGAAUUGCAUCCAAUUUUAUCCCAAUAAAGACUUUAAACUAAUACUUGAAGCACCUUUAGAGAUUUCCAUGGCUGAGAUAAGAUUAAGAUCUGUGAACUUGAAUUAUAGCUAUUAUCAAGACCAAGAAACGAUACCCAAGCCUUUUGAUGUACACGUUUUUACCAGUGACACAGGAAGUUUAUGUUUGUGUUAUAGUUUGGCUAAUAUGAAUUCCGAAGAAGUGUCUUAUACGGUAGCUUUUCUACAUAAAGGUUAUAGUAAAACCUAUACCGCCGCUUUGGAAGAAACGAAUUCUCUGCAAAUAAAGGAGCUGGUUUUUUUGGAUCUUGACUCUUAUGUGGCUGUGUAUUUACCUGGACAAUUCCUGCAUCUCGUGGACAGCCAGCAUCCUGACCUGAUCUGCCACAGUUCCUUUCUAUCAGGUGAAGAUGCAAAAAUGAAUCUGCUAAACGCUGACACCAUCUUUUCCCCAACCAAAUCGAGCGUCUUCGAUCGCAGCACCGGAAAAAUAUUUACCGUGGAAAUAAGCCCAAAGGCUUUGCUACAAUUUUUGUGGAAGAGCAAGUCGGAUAAUGACCAGUUGGCAGCCUUGCACUGUCUCCUACUACAUGUCGGAAGCACGGAGGAGUUGGAAAACCAGAUCAUCCAGUGGCUUUCCGAGAACGUCUCGAGUUGUUUUGCGUUUGAUCCUAUACAAGAAUUAAUCUUUGCUUCUUUGCACUGGAAAGUAUGUCUGGAAUCCAGCCACCUGGAUAAACUUCUACCGUACACGUCACUGCUGAACUGGAAGAAGGAUAUUCCUGGAAUCCUGUGUAAAAUGUACAUUAUCUCGUUACCCUCUUUAAAGGUGCGACACUGCAAAGGUUUCUGGGAAAAGUUAAACCUGAACCUGGAAUGUGUGAAAUAUAUUGAAACGCCUUUGCAUUUCAGCCACAAAGUGCUGCAGAGGGAAUGGUAUAAACUGCUUUCCGAUGAGAAGUCAGCAGCGAGAACAUCUUACCUCAAAAGUAUAUUUGAAAACACGAAAAAGGUGCUUUCCAGUUUACAUAUGUGGGAAACAGAAGAAAGAACAGCUCCUCUUUUUCAAGACGAAGAUUAUCAGCAGAGCGUGCUAACAGGAUUGAUGGUGGCACAACUGAAAGACCAUCUUCUAAGACCACUGCAGUACAUUGGCAAACAAAAGAUUGAUCAGAUAGCUGUGGAUUAUGUUUCAAAACUGCUGGGCCUAAUCUGUCGGAUGAUGGAGAAUGUUUGGCAGAAAUACAGUCUUGGCUCCUCGUCCUUCUCAUUCAGGCAACCAGAGAAAGCAAAUGAGGUCGUGGCGUUCCAUAUCAUGUGUCGAAUUCUGCAGGCAGCCAGCGGGAUGUGUCUGCCUUUACCACCAGGGUUCCACGCUCGGCACCUGGAAGUGGGGAUGAGGUGCUUUCCUUUGCACACGGUCCUGCAGUACAUUGACCAUGGAGUUCUGCACCUAACAGAAAAGAACGUCCUGAACCUUUGGAAAGAAUUGGACAACACUGAACAGAACGUGAAGCUCAAGUUAAGUAUCCUGACGAGGCUCCCUCAGGAAAUUUGUUGCAAAGUUUGUCAGCUAUGGAACCAUUCUUUAAGCACCAGUGCUAUUGCAAGGAACUACGUGAAACUCUUAUUCGAGAAACUCGGCAGUGAACAGUACGAUAUACCAUUUACGGACAGGAUAUCAACCCGGAUUAAGUUUCUCCCCCUUAACUAUUUGGUGACUACCAUAGUAGAGAUGGAACGUCAAGGCUGGGCAGCUUCUCUGGAAGAAACCAACAUGAACGCAAGAUUGGUUGAAGAGGUGGCACUGAAACACACUACAAUGCUUUUAGGUCUUUAGUUUAUUUAAUGACCAAGACAAAAUUAUGAACCCAGUAGCGUCCGAAUUUUGAAUGUUGUGCCUUUUAACAUAUAGGCAACUGAAUUCCAGAGAAGACACUGAUAGGAAGCUGUAAUAUAUCCGAAAGAAAUAUCACAACUUCUGUUUGCUGAUGACUCGAGUUCAUUGUAAUGAGCAGCUUUUAAAAACAGCCAACUACUGAGAUGUGCAAAUUGUUCUGAAUGCAAAAUAUUUUACAUUCAGAUGCUUUUGAACUUGAAAUUUGAAAAUGAAUUUUUCUGCUUCAUUUUCAAACCUCACAUGGAAACUGCCUGUUCCAAAAUAUAUUUUUUUUUAAUUAGAAAAAAAGUUGUUUGGGAAUUCAGAAUAGAAUCUGAGCUUCAAAUGUGUUGUGCCUCGUUAUAAUAGGUGCAUUGAAAUAUUCUGAAAUGAAUGUUUUAUAACCCAAUAUUAAAAUGAACGGGAGUCAUCGUCCUAUAAAGAAUAAACUGAAUCUGAAUUCAACGUAAUAUUUAUUUGUUAACAGAAUAGGCCACUAAGGUCCCCAAAGCAAUUGCGCUUCUGAGCAAUUGCAGAGAUACGAUUAAAGAAUUAAGAUUAAAUGUUGGCAUAAAAUGUGCCGAAGUUAGCAUUUAAAUUCUUAUCUGCAAGAUGCAAUAAGGAGCUGGCAGCUAUUACAUUAUGUAUAUAUGAGAUAAUAUGAGCAUGAACAAGGUACUAUAAAAUAUUGCAAUUGAAAAACCAAAACAUUUUCUGUAAAUAGAAAUAAAUGUAUAGUUUUGGGACCAGUCUUUGAUGUCUUUAUUGUAUUGGUGUCAGAGACUGUGUGUUGUGCCUCGCCCUCCCUCCUCUCCUCAGCCGGGCCCCUCUCAUCUCCUGCUAUCUGAGCCAGAGACUGAUAGUGAGGAAGAAUGGCCUGGCAUGCCUCCAGCCCCCAGCCCUGGCACCAUGCCCGGACAGACUGAGCAAACAAACCUCCCUCCUACAGCAUGUGAGCAUGAAGCCAGUCACGAGCUGGAAUUGCCGGCAGCUGAGCAGGAGGACGAAAGGUGGGCAGAUCCCCGCUUCCGGAGAAUGGAGAGGCGACGUCAGCAAAAGGAAGGGAGGGGCAGGCCUGGAUAAGUGCUGAGUCAUGGAGCCACACCCCAUGGCCUAUAUAAAGGAUCUGCUUUUUGGCAUUCCUUGAGUCAGGCAAAGUCUCAUCUGGUUGCUGAAGUCACACCUUGGAUUCCUGCCUGCCCUGAGAACUCUGACAGGAAUUUGGCAACGCAGCAGAGGCUUCGUGGCCACGCUUGGUACAGACUUCCCAGACCCGGCCGUCAGAGGAGGAGUGGGACACGACACUAUGUGUGUAUUUUCUAAUUAUUUAAAUAUACUGCAAAGAGAACAGGAUUCUACAGGAAGCAAAAAAAAGUCAAGACAGCAUCCCAAACCAUACAAACGCUUAGCGUUUUAAAGAUCCACCUUCUUUUUAAUGUGGAUUUAACCUACAUUGUGGCGGUCAUCUUGAUGUUUUGAUGCUCUUGCAAUAGAGCUAAACUGCUACUUUAGCAUAUUCAUUUCAUUUCAUUCUGCCGUAAGGGUAGUCCUUGACUUAUGACCACAGUUGAGCCCACAGUUGCUAAGUGAGACAUUUAAGUGAAUUUUCCCCAUUUUACAACCUUUCUUGCCGCAGUUGUUAAGUGAAUCCCUGCAGUUGUUAAAUUCAUAACAUGGUUGUUA